ACAGUACCCCUUUAUUUAAACACACGGAUGCACAUACAAAUAUACAAACAUUCACACGUUCACACACGUUCUAACAUCUGUCAUGUGUUUUGCAGCAAAUCAAGAGUCCCAGCCCUCCUGUCCAAUCAGAUCAGCUGACUGCAGCUGAGGAGCCACUGGUCUGGUCAGAACAGCUGGUCUCGCCUGAAGUCCAGAGCGUUCUGCGCUCAUCUGACGGUCAGAUGCCGCUGGUGUCGCCUGACGGUCGGAUUCCGCUGAUCUCUGGGAUUAAAGAAGAGAAUGCUGUUCAUGGAUAUGAGGAGUGCAGCCAGUAUGAGAGAGCUGACUGCAGAGUGGAGUACACUGUCCCUUCAGAUGCAGACAUUAAAUUUGAACAGAUUCAGACUCCGGUCUCGUCUGACGGUCAGAGGCUGCUGGAGGCGCCAGUCUCUGAAGAUGAAGAUGGUGAUGAUGACGAGUAUGGCGAGUACAGUAAUUCAGAGAGAGCUGAUCCCAGAACAGAGUAUACCGUCCCUUCAGCGGCAGACAUACAAUUCAAACAGAUCCAGAUGCCUCUUUCCAGUAAAGAGAAGAGCGCUCGUUUCCAUGCAAAGAUCAGAGCUGAUCCCGCCGCUAGAGCGGAGUGGCUUGCAAAGAGGAGGGAAAGGUAUCAGCAGAGAAAGCAAGCUGGACAAUCAAGCCAUCAAAGAGUCAAUUAUUAUCAAACCAUCAAAGAGUUGACCGCAUCGGAAGCUGCAAAUAGGAGGGAGCAGUGGCGACUCUACCAGAGACGAUGUAGAGAGAGACAGAGGUAUCGGCAGAGGAGGCAAGCUGAACAAUCAAGCCAUGAAAAAGUAAAUUAUUAUCAAACCAUCAAAGAGUUGACCGCAUCGGAAGCUGCAAAUAGGAGGGAGCAGUGGCGACUCUACCAGAGACGAUGUAGAGAGAGACAGAGGCAGGUGGAAGCUGUGAUGAAUCUUCCACCAUUGUGAUGUCUGUGGAAUCUUACACCAUUGUGAUGUCUGUGGAAUCUUACACCAUUGUCUGGUUCUACCAGAGACAGAUUCUUUUGCGGAACCUUUGUUUUUUUUUUUUUUUUUGCUUUUCUUGCUUUGUGUUUGCACAGUUGUGCAGGCAAAAUAAAUAUUUGUGCACCAUU